GUUUAUAGGGCAGCCCACUCAAGCAGUUCAUGUACAAUUCUUUGGCGAACUGGGGCAUUUUCAGAAAAGUUAGCUGAAUGAUUCAGUUUAUAUCAAAUUAUUACAUAUCUGUGGUUGCACAUGGGAAAAUCACUGUCUGAGCAGUCUGCAUCCAAACCUUACCAGGGAGUGAGAGUAAAAGACCCUGUUAAAGAGCUACUGCGCAGGAAGAGAGGAAAUACAGCCAAAACAGCGCCCCCUACUGCGGUGGUGGUCCCUAACAACACUCUGCCUUCCUAUGCACAUGUUGGCUCUACUGGUUUCCCGGGAACUAGCCCGAGUGGCCCGAGUGAGUCACCUCUGGAGGUUGGAGCUCUGUGCCCUGGCUGGGUGGCCCAGCCCAGCAGCUCGGUAUCUCUCCCUCCUCUGGGUCACUGGGCUCCCACGGAGUAUCUGCACCACCAUGAGCCGACCGUCCCCGGCCUGUCGCCGCUCACCACCGACAUGUAUGUGCAGCCUGUGUGCUCUAGCUACACCGUGGUUGGUGCCCCGUCUGUGUUCACGCUGACUCCCACGCCUCUCUUCACCAAUCUCGGGACCAUUAGCCCGCCCGGCACAGCCAUGCCUCAGGUGGACAUCCCAGACAGCUCCCUGACGUACAUCCCCUGGGCCCAGCCCCUGCCCACGCUCUCGGCCCCUGGGCUUCAGCGCGGCCCCUGCCCACAGGCUCUGCCCUUGCCCCAGCUGAUGCCCAUACCCCUGCCUAUGUCCAUGCACGCGCCAGUGCCAGGGCCCCAGCAGGAGGAGCCCAGUCCAGCUGCGGAAGGCUCCUUAGCUUUGGAGAAGCUUCUGGAAGAGGAGGAGGGAAAAGGAGACUACGUCUGCAGUGCUUCCCUCUUUACACAAGACAUUUAGGACGCCCUCUGUGUAGUCUACCUUUCUGCCUCUGCUGUGCUGCCUCUGCCUCAUUUCUGCCUCUGUUUUGCUGCAUUCCUGUUGUUUUAAAAGACGACCUGUAAAGUAUGUUGCUGUGAUGCCACAAAUCUUCUAUUAAACAUUUUGUUCAUGUGCA